AUGAUGAAGUCCGGCAACGGCAAGUCUCACGCCGAAGAGGAAGAUGACGGUGACGAUUAUGAUUCCCCUUCCUCCAGAGGUGAAAUGACGAAAGAUGAUGGCAAGAGCAGUGACCAGAAGGGAAAGACCCACAGGUCGAAGCAUUCCGAGACCGAACAACGGAGGAGGAGCAAGAUUAAUGAGAGGUUUCAAGUUCUAAGGGAACUUAUACCACAGAAUGAUCAGAAAAGAGACAAGGCUUCUUUCUUGUUAGAGGUUAUAGGCUACAUACAGUUUUUACAGGAAAGAUUGCAUAGGUAUGAGGGAUCAUACAAUGGCUCGAGUCAAGUGCCAACCAAAUUGACCCCAUGGAAAAACCAUCUGCCUUCGGAAACUCUAGUGGACCACUCUCAAGUUCUGAAGAUUGGUUCUGCUCAUGAAAGUACUCUAGCACUAGCCAAUGCCCGAAGUUCUAUGGAAUUUGACUUGGAAGCUUCUACAAUAUGCAAAGCAUUGAACCAUGCCCCUGGAACUCCACCAGUUCAAUAUAACUUGCUUCCAGACUCGAGUAUGCUUGGUGCCAUUCGAGGGCUAAAUGGCAUGUCUACACCAUGUUUGCAAGAUUCUACUUCAGACGCUGAAAACAUGGCCCAUCAGAUUCAGUCUGAACUUUGGCAUGGUCAACCAUUUGUUACAGAGUGUACAGCACCUAGCAUUGUACUGAAUGGUCAACAGCUGACAAGGGAAGGUGGGACUGCUAGCGUCUCAGAUGUUUAUUCCCAAGGGGUGCUGAGCAGUCUGUCCCAGGCACUGCAGUCAUCUGGUGUGGAUUUAUCACAGACAAGCAUCUCAGUGCAGAUUAAUGUCGACAAAAGCGCGAACCAUGGACCAACUGCUUUGGGCCUAUCUCCUCCAAAGGUUGAUGAAGAAGCCCAAUAUUUGAACAACCAAGUGAUGGAGGAACAAAGCCCUGGAGACGAGUCUGAUCAACAUAGCUGUAAGAGACUUAGAACAGAAAAUUGCUAA